UCAUCUUUUUUCAAUUUGCUGUUGUUUUUGUUGCUCUACGGUUUAAAGAAGUUUUGUCAUCUGUUACUUGUUUUUUUAUAUUAAGACAAAUUUUCCAUAUUUACCCGUUAUCCAAACGAAAAUUAAAACAGAUUAUUAAAGUCUUCACAUCUUUUAUUAAGCUGAGUAUAUAAGCUACACAAAGGAAAAAAUCUCCGCAUUUGCACCACUUCUUAGUUAAAUUUUUAAAUAAAAAUUCGCAAUAACAUUUGAUGGAGAUCUUUGGAAAAAACGGAACAUCUGGUCAACUAGUCCAACAGCCAAUAGGUUACCGAGAAAAAAUUAAAAUAAAUUUAUUAGCUACCGAAAAAUUUAAAUGCAGGGUUAGUACUGUUUUAAAUAAGAACGUUAAGCAAUACGGUAAACAAUUCUUAUACGAUCAUUUAGAAGAUACAUCUUGGAGUUCUAGUGAGGGCUUACCACAAUGGAUAAACAUCGAAUUUGAUGAACCGCAAACGGUUGGUGGAUUCUCUUUUCAAUUUCAAGGUGGCUUUGCAGCUAAGGAAGCUAAAGUUGAAUUAUAUCCUUCAAAAGAUUCGAGCCCCUACGAAGAGCCAUUUUAUGCUGAAGAUAUUAAUGCAGUGCAAAUGUUUAAACUAAAACAUGCUCAAUUUAACGUAGAACGUGUUAAAUUUAUUAUUAAUAGUAGUACGGACUUUUUCGGACGAAUUAUUGUUUACAAAUUAGAAUUAUUUAAAUAACACAAGGAUUACCAAAUUUAUAUUAUUUUUUGUUUAUUUUGGGUAUUCUUGCGAACAGAGUUAACUUCACGUAUUUAUUAAAUGAAAGUAAUAGCGUAUUUCGGUUUUCAUUCGAAAUACAUGCAAG